AUGGAAAAUUCAUUGUUAGUUGUUCAAUCAAGUUCAUCUCUUCUAACGUUUCCUACUGAAAUUCUUCAUCGUAUUUUGGAUCAACUCAAUAUUCAAGAUAUACUAUUUUCAUUUCGUUAUGUUUGUACAAGAUUUUAUUCUAUUACAAAAAUUUACAAUCGAUUAACAAUUGAAAUUUCGGAUCAUCAAAAUGAAACGCCUGCUUAUCGUUUGUAUCGAAUGAUUUCACCAGAAAAUGUAACAUCAUUGAUUCUUCGAAAGAUCUAUGGAAAUACUAAAUCGAAUAAUAUUGAGUGGUUUUUUUCAUUUGUUAAUAUUUAUCAAUUUACUAGACUUUGUUAUGUUUAUCUUGAAAGUAUGGAUGAGAAUGGUUUUCGCAUGAUAAUACGUCAUUUAACAACUCUCUCUACAUUCCGAUCAUUAAAAAUCUUCGAUAGAAGAAUUCUUAAAAAUGAUACAAUCAUUCUUCUUUCAAUGGUUAUUGCAUUACCAAGUCUUCGCAAACUCGAUUUGGAUAUUAGUUCUCGAAUUCUCGAUCAAAUUUCAUGGCCAAAUGAUGGGAAAUUUCGAGAACUGAAAUUAAAAAAAUGUUCCUAUAAACAAUGGUGUCAUAUUUUUUAUCAUUCACCAAAUCUUCGAAUCAUCUCGACAGAAGAUAUUGAUAUGAGUAAUAUUAACAAAACUAUUCCUUCAAUUAUCAUAUAUCAACAAUUAAUAUCUUUGACAUUAAAUGAUAUAUUAUUUUCGAUUGAUCAACUUGAAAUUCUUCUUACAUCUCAUCCAUCACUUGUUUAUUUCAAUUUAACAGCAAAAAAUAUUUCUUCAUUUCAAAGUCUACGAUGUUUUUCACAAUGGGAAUAUUUUAUUCGUGAGAAAUUACCUCAACUUAAAAAUUUUCAUUUUAAAAUUUCUACUCAAAUGUCUUAUUAUCAAGAUUUAAGAGGUAUUCAAUCAAUUAUUGCUGCAUUUCGAACAUCAUUCUGGCUUGAACAUAAACGUUGGUAUGUUAUAUUUCAAUAUGUCAUUAAUGAUGAAGGAUCUCGACUUAUUCUUUAUUCUUCUAUCGAUGGACAUGUUGAUUUUGGUCAAAAUUUCCAGAAAGGUUUUAUAUCGUAUUUCACUUCUACUACAAAAAAUGAUGAUAAACCAAACAUACAAAAUAUGUGGAAUGCUCUCUUCAAUUUAACUGAUGUGAAGCAAGCUAUUAGUUUUCGUCAUUUCAAAAUUCCAAAGCAUUAUUUAUUUGAUAAUAUAAUUCGACUUGGACUUGAUAUCGAUUGGUAUGAAGAUUGGCAACGAUCUGGUUCAUUCGAACUUCUUUCAAAAUUAAUUAGUUUUUCACAACUAAAGGAAGUUUGGUUUUUAUUAUCAUGUAAACAAACAUUGCAAGCAAGUAAAAUCAAUACUAUACUCGAAAAAGCACCCAAUGUUCAUACUUUUGGAAUAAAGAACAACGGUAGUUUACGAGGAAAUAUAGAUAAAGAAUGUGCUGCCAUAUCUAGUCAAAUUGAACAUCUCAUAAUACAUUCAUUAGAUACUGACGCCAUGAAAUUGAUCCUUGAACGUGUUGAACAUUUAGCGAAGAUUACAUUUAUAUGCAAUUGGAGUUCAUCAACAACAUGGAUAAAAAUGAUUACGUGGCUUCGUGAAAAAGAAAAAAAGUUCUCAGUAACGUCUGAUCAUCGAUCUCUUCAAGUAUGGUUAAAAGAGAAUAUUGGUAAAUCGUCAGAAGACGAAAAUAUGAACCGAAUCGAUUAA